UACAAAGUAAUGACGACCACAAUUUAUCUUCUUUACAGAAGAGUUUCAUACAUUUUUAUCUUCUUUCACAGAAGAUUUCCAGUGCCAUGGAAUGAUGGAGAUUCCGACUCGUCGAAAUACGAGAUCUAUACGAGUUACAUCCAGAAGACCAUUGCAGGGUAGGAGCAGACGUCAAAAUAACAAUCCGGUUAUUCUAAAUGAUGACGAUGCUGAGCCGCAAAAUGUAUCCUGUAUUGAUCUGACAGAUUUGGAUGCAGAUUUCAUUGAUUUGACGAGUCCUGCCCCUAAUGACGCAAGCAUUAUCAUUCUUCCUGGAACAGAAUCUACAGAACCAAGGGCAAGGCCUAGAACAAGUAGGAGGGGUUCAAGGACCAGAAGGCAAUCAGACAGAGUUAACUUGGACGAUUCAGAGAAUGAUGUCAUUGAAAUCUCGGAGUCUUACCAAGCCUUGCCUCUUCCUCUGUCCUUUGAGGAUGCAGGAAAUGAAUCUUUCAAUGCCAAUGAUUCUUUGAGAUCACCAAGGCAAGAAAUUAGCUGUCCAAUUUGUAUGGAUAACAAAAAACAGAUACAGAGAAGUGGGAGACAGUUGAUUUCUACAGUGUGUGGCCAUGUGUUUUGUGAGCCUUGUAUCAAAGCAUCCAUUACAACUCAACGAUGUUGUCCAACCUGCAGGAAGAAGCUGACCCAGCGACAAAUCCAUCCUCUGUAUAUAUGAUGUCUAUGAAUGGUGACAAUAGGAGCGUACUUGUAAACAUUUCACAUUUGAUAUUCUCUCUGUUUUUGUAGAUAUCUUAGUAUUAAGAUUCACUUCAUUCUUAUUUGUGUAGAUGCAAGAGUUAAUGGGAGUUAUCUGGAUGCACAUCAGCAUACUAGUAUUUGAACAGAUGAUGUUGAUUGACAAUCACUUUAUUUUCUUUAUUCUCCUUAGAAUAAAUUGAAGUUUGUCAUGUAAUAUAUAGUACAGGGUUUUAAUUAUUACAGAGAGAUUUCAGAUUAAGUAUUUCAUCAACAUGGACUAUUGUUUUGCUUGCCAUGCCAUUUGAGGGUUCUACUUAUGGGUUGGCAAGCACAAGAUUUUUUAUGAUUUGGUAAAAAUAUUUCACUGGUCUGUUAAAAGAAUGAGGAGUCUGCCAUGUUGAUAAAAUUUGAAUCAGUUAAGGUUAUAUGUGUGAAAGAGGUUUUAUUUGAUCAUUGCUGGGGGGUUUGAAUGAGUUUAAUCUUAAUCAAAUACAUGUAUUAAUUUUUCAUAAAUCAUUACUAAAAGAAAAUAGAUUUAGGAUAAUUGAAAUUCCCUGUAAAAUUCUUAUUAUCAUAGCACAGAGACUUUUAUUUAAACAAAUUUUUUUUUAAAUUGUCUAAUAUAGAUACUUUUCUUCUUUUUGAUGUAAAUUCUCAUGCCUCUUUUAAAAAUGAUAUACAUGUACAUUACUUUUCAUGUAAAAUUAUGUCUUGUUUUAACCAGAUUUCUACUUUUGAAUCCAUAAUUCUGUUCAUUGAUGCCAAAAUCUGUAAAAAAGUUUUCAUUUGGAGCAUUUUGCAUUGUCAAAGAAGUACAAAUGACAUUAAAGCAUUGAAAAAGCAA